AUGCAAUCCCUACUACGUUUUCGAUUGAGCCCGACACGGUCGGCGCUCCCACACCCAGCCCGAUGGAACUGCGCAUCCCGUCCGAUUUUACGACCGACUGCUGUUCCCUCUCGAUAUGCGACAACCACCGCAUCUGCAACCUCGAUCUCCAAGAAGCUCGAUUUAUUGGCCUUGGAUAAGAAGUGGCAGGAAAGAUGGCAAACAGAUUCCUUGAAGAAGCCCUCCAAGACAUCGGCGGACGGAGACGCAAAACCCAAAUCAUACAUCCUAUCUAUGUUCCCCUACCCUUCCGGGACGUUACACAUGGGGCACCUGCGCGUGUACACUAUUUCCGAUGUGCUGGCUAGGUUUUACCGGAUGCGCGGACAUGAGGUCCUUCAUCCAAUGGGUUGGGAUGCGUUUGGCUUGCCGGCGGAGAAUGCGGCGAUUGAACGGGGGAUAGACCCCGCGGAAUGGACCGAGUCGAAUAUAACAAAGAUGAAAGAGCAAUUACGAAGUAUUUCAACCUCUUUCGAUUGGGAUCGGGAACUAGCAACGUGCGCACCGGAGUUCUACGAACAUACCCAGCGGAUUUUCCUUAUGCUAUAUGAGAAGGGCCUCGCAUACCAGGCUGAAGCGCUAGUCAAUUAUGACCCGGUUGAUAAGACAGUGCUGGCUAAUGAGCAGGUCGAUGCCAAUGGCUUCUCUUGGCGCUCGGGAGCCAAGGUCGAGAAGCUGAAGUUGAAGCAAUGGUUCUUCCGUAUCACGGAUUUCAAGGAGAUGCUCCUGAAGGAUCUUGACUCUUUGGCGGGCGGCUGGCCGGAGCGCGUUCUUUCCAUGCAGCGGAAUUGGCUUGGGAAAUCGCAGGGUGCCAAGAUCAAGUUCCCUGUGGCCGUCAAUGGCAAUAAUGGCACAGACAUCGAUAUCGAUGUCUUCACCACGCGACCAGAUACUCUUUACGGAGUCGAGUACCUCGCUCUUUCUCUGGAUCAUCCCAUUGUCCUGGAGGCGGCGAAGAAGGAUCCGGAACUGCGCAGAUUUCUGGAUACUGCCGCGUCGCUUCCGCCCGACUCUAAAGCUGGCUACAAACUGUCUACUGUCACUGCUUCCCACCCUCUGCAUGUUAUUGACAAGGAGAGCCCCCAUGUCGCCCGUCAGUUGCCUGUAUUCGCGGCGCCUUACGUCCUUAGCGACUACGGUGAGGGCGCAGUGAUGGGAGUCCCAGGCCACGAUGCUAGAGACCUUGCAUUUUUCAGAGAUAAUGUGAACCCCGAUUCCAUACCCGUUGUCGUUGGACCCCAAGAGGAAGCCGGGGCAGACGGUGGUGACGCGAGCAUCGUUCCCUCCGCGGAUGCAAAGGCUUUUACGCAAGAGGGAUAUUUGAACUCCUUGUGCUGGAAGUACGAGGGUCUUCACUCUCGCGAGGCCAAGAAGCAGAUCGUCACCGAUCUGAAGCAGGUCGGACGCGGUGACUUUGUCGAACAAUGGAGGCUCAGAGACUGGUUGAUCAGCCGACAGCGCUACUGGGGGGCUCCCAUCCCGAUUAUCCACUGCGGCGAUUGCGGCCCUGUACCUGUGCCAGAUGAUCAGCUCCCAGUCAAGCUGCCCAAGAUUGAAGGGGACUGGCUGAAGGGCAAGAGAGGAAAUCCUCUCGAGUCAUCCCAUGAGUGGGUGAACACGAAAUGUCCGAGCUGUGGCGGGCCUGCUAAGCGGGAUACGGACACCAUGGACACCUUUGUCGACUCUUCAUGGUACUUCCUCCGUUUCUUGGACCCGAAGAACAAGGAACAGCCGUUUUCGCCGUCGGCUGCGCGCCCGGUGGAUGUCUACAUCGGCGGUGUCGAGCAUGCAAUUUUGCACCUGCUAUAUGCCCGAUUCAUCUACAAGUUCCUCUCCCAGUCCGAACUAUUCCCGGAAAUCGCUCGAGCUGGAAACGUUGCGACGCCGUUUGAACCAUUCAAGACUCUCCUCUCCCAAGGUAUGGUGCACGGCAGGACGUAUUCGGAGCCGUCUACGGGGAGAUUCCUGCACCCCUCCGAAGUGGAUCUUUCCAGCCCCGACAAGCCACUGAUCAAGGGCACCCAAAUCACGCCCAAUGUGUCCUUUGAGAAGAUGUCCAAGAGCAAGCACAACGGAGUCGAUCCGACCGGAUGUGCGUUGAGAUACGGUGCCGAUACUACUCGGGCCCAUGUCCUUUUCUCAGCUCCGGUCAGCGAGGUGCUGGAAUGGGACGAAACGAAGAUCGUGGGCAUUGAGCGCUGGUUUGGUCGACUCUGGAAGUUGGUGAACGAUGCGCAGCAGAGCCUGGCUUCGUUCUCGUUUACACUGCAGCCAGCCGACUUGAAAGCCACCUCCGGCCACGCGACUGGCUUGCCCAGCUCUCUACAGGAUCUGAGCGACAGUGAUGCGGACGCUGUGCUUGCCACCCACCGCACCAUUUCCUCUGUCACGAGCUGUAUUGAGAAAAAUCCAUACGGGCUGAAUACUGUCAUCUCCGACCUGACCAAGCUGACCAACUCGUUGUCGUCGUCGACGCCCAGUUCACCGCAGGUCCUCUACCUAUCUAUUUCUUCCCUGCUCCGGCUGCUUUCGCCGAUCGCGCCCGCGCUGGCGUCCGAAUGUUGGGAGAUCCUCAAUGGUCCCGUGACUGCGGGGAAGCCAUCCACCAAUGUCCCCGCCAUCUUUGACUGUCCCUGGCCAACUCCUCUGCUGAAGCCCGAGGAGGCCGAUAUUCUGUCUGCGCGCGGUGGCCAAGUGGUCGCCGUCCAGAUCAAUGGCAAAUUGCGAUUUACGAUCACGAUCCCCCGGCGGCUCUCCCCCACGACCGCGCCCGAAGCUAGCGGCACGGUCACGGAGGAACAAGACUGGAUUAUCAAUCGGAUCUUGGAGACGGACGAAGGACAAUUCUGGCUGCGGAAGAAGAACGACUGGGACAAGCGGAGACGGGUGAUUGUCGUCAAGGGGGGCAAGUUGGUGAAUGUGGUGUUUUAG